AUGCGAAGGCAAACAGAUCAUCAACGAAUCAAGAAAGCAGAUGGACACUCAGAUGUUAAGGGCCUUCUGCGCCUUGGAUUACAAUACAAGGUCGGACAUUUGUCCUCUUUGGCCGACCUGCCUGGCUUUUUCCACUCGGCUUCCGCGACGCAAGCAAGCGAGAGCAAAUUGAUCGUCUUGGAUCUCGUGGAAAGCUCCAUGCGAAAGUCGAACAGCAUCUUUCUGGCAGCCAUCGCUACCAACGAUCUGCUAGCUGAUCAAUUUGAUAUGACGAAGGCAAAGGAGCAAGACCCGACGAAGGUCCGAACGCUUGGUGUGAUAACAAAGCCAGACGUGUUCCUCGAGGUUCCUUUCAGCGAGGUGGAGUGUCUGAACCUUAUCACUUUCCUCAACGACAAGAGACUACUCACAUGCGGGCUAUUGGCCGGCAAAUCCUCUCCAACUGCGCAGCAUUUGAGGAUGAUCCCGGGCUCAGUGGAGGGUGAAUCUCCCGCGUAA